AUGAAAUUAUUUGUGCUUUGCUGCGUUGCGUUGCUGGCUGCAAUAAUUGGGUGUUCCGAUGCUCAAGACACGAAAAAUGCGCUUGGGAACGGAAGUCAGCCCGAACAGUCCUGUGUUCCAACAAAGGUUUGUGAAGAUGGUGAGGAGUUCAACUGUUGUGGACCAUGUUUUCAGCUGACCUGCUACGGCAACCCAAUCGAUUGCGGCGGUCAGUGCUACGCGGAGUGCUACUGUGCUCAGGGCUACGUACGCGAAUACCCCGGCGGACGAUGCAUUCCGGAACAGUUUUGUCAACGACCCAUGCUGCCAAUCCUGUCUGAUUACGAUGAAAGCUUAUAA